AGGAGGACAGAGUGCUGGUAACAGAAGUACGUCCUGUUCCAGUAACCUCUUACAGAGACUCGUCAGGUGUUGAGAUUACCUUACCUCACCUCACAGAGAAAUGGAUGCACCUGCACCACUGGCAGGAUCUGCAGAAGUUACUUGACAAGAUUGUUGAAGAGUACGAGGUGAAAUCUGCUGCUCUUGAGCCAACACAGGCCUUCCCGCUGGAUGAAACCAAGAAGAAGAAUGGCGAGCUCGUGACUAUUGCGUACAAGUGGAAGGAAUAUAAGAAGUGUCGUUGCUUUUAUCUCUCACCAAGCAGUGACUGCUCAGAUUUGUCCUCGUCUGAUGAAGAGGCGUCAGUGCAGGAUCUUCUGCUUGCCAGAAUAGAUGAUAAAUAUAGAAAAACAGAUGAAGAAGUUAUUGUGCAAGUGGUGUCUCCUGACCAAGGCGCUGACGCGGCACUGAGUGACGCCGGCCGUAGGACGCGCGUCGUCAGAACGGGCAAGCGGGCGCGUCUACAGCGCUCACCUGACGCCCCAGCGGCGGAGGCGGCAUCACCAGAAAAGCCUAUGUCGGAAAUGGCUAAAUUGUGUGCCACAUUGACAGAAGGAAGAGCCAAAGCAAAGAAACAGAAACGAGAAGCCCGAGUUCGAGUGCCUCGCUGCAGCGCCUCAAGGCAAGAGAAGUAUAGUGUAUUUGACAGCACAUCACCUGACGACAGCGUAGUAUAUUGCCCUCCUGUACAAUCCAACGACCAGCCAAUAGCUGUGUCUUUCGAAGAGCCUAAAGAAAAAUUUUCGAGGAAUUUUCCCAUAUUUGAUCUUCAGGCCAGUAAGCAAGAUAGGGUCAAAUCGUCGCAAUGCUUAGCUGUACAAUCUAAUAUAAGCCCGCCUCCGCCUAAUGCAGCGUCUUCUGCUCACAAUGUACCGUCGUCACCUGAUAAUGCUACGUCUUUAUCUCCUAAUGUGGCGUCUUCACCUCAUAAUGCAGCGUCUUCACCACCUCAUGAUUCCACUCCUCCACCUUUUGUGUCGAAUUCUCGCUGGAAAUUUAUGCGUGUAAAUAGCGCACAUCAUGGAGCUACUCAGGACGUGAUAAGUCCAUCUAAUUUUUCCAUCAACAGCUCUGAAAAUUGUGAUUCAAAGUUGAAAAUGAAAUCAUUUGGUUCUCUAAAUAAUUCUUCCCACAACGGUACUUCUAGUAGUUCUGGUUCUGAAACGAGAACUUCAUUAAGAAAGAAAAUAACAGGCUAUAAAGAUGAGCUGAGCUCGUCGCCCCAUUCUUCCUACGAUCCAUUCAGUCCAUCAAUUUAUCAAGACCCUUUGAUUGAAGACAGCCGGUCUCCUGAAAGAAAUGUGCCCGAAAGUGAUCUUCAGGACGAAUUUUAUUCUUCAUGUGGGACUGAUGAGUUUGAGCCGCUCUCAAUUGUUUCUUUGUCCGCUGUUCACACGCCUGGGAAUUAUACUUUCUUGAAUAAUAACAUUGACUCGGAUGGGAAUGUGAUGUCAGCAUGCAGUCCAGACAUGUUCAGUGAUUAUCUACACACGGCAGACGGGUCAAUUGAUCACAAGUCUCUAUCUCUACAGGAUGCACGUUUAUGUAAUGAGGAGAAUUCCACUGAGUACUCGCACAACCCUGACGCCGAUGUAUCGGAAAAUGUACAAGAUUUAGAAAUACUUGAUCAAAUUGAUCCCGAUUCUUGUCAUGAAGAUAUCAACGAUUCUCAGUUGUCCGCUAGUGAAAAUAUGAUGACACCAACGUUCACUUCUUCCAGGACCGGAAACAAUGACACCAGUGCGAUGGAUGCCAUCAAACCUGCCAAUCUUCCUCCAUAUUUUUCUGAUGUUAAGAAAUUCGGCAAGCGAGUGGAAGAUUAUGAAGUCUCUGAAGGUAAUCCGUGGGUGAGACGCACCCGAAGCCUAAGAUCAGUCGUACCUGCACCUGUGGCCAAUUUGGUGGACCCUCCAGCAAAGGAUAGAUGGUUCCGUUCACAGCCGGCUGCUAAAAAUUGUACUGACUCGUCUAUUACUCGUCAAUAUGGAAGUUUUGGUGCAAUUUCUCCCUCCAAAUCCAGUCCUAACUGUCAAGUGGAGAAUACAGGUUGCGAGUCCAGUGAAAAAACUUCAGAAGUUCCCGACACACGCUUUGCAUACUUGGAAGAAAGGAGCUUCUAUGUAGAUGAGAACGGAAUUCCUGACACUGGUUCUAUUACUUUUAUUCAUUCAAAAGAAAUUCCUGCUGAUAAGCACGACGUCAUGCACAGUAGCCCCAAUAUUAGCGGUGAAGAUCCGCCUAGAUUACCAAGAGCUCAUAAAUUAUUUCCGCGUGAAAGAAGCUCAGACAAUGAAAUCCCUGAUAAUAUAUCAGCUUCUAUGAUGCCAUCACGGCAGGAUUCUACUAGUCCUGUGAUUAUGACGUGCCAACUCGGCAGGCAAUCUAGUCGCACAAAUAACUCCAUUUUAUCUAUCAAUGAUAAUCCUCUGAACUCGUUCUCUUCUACUAAAUGUUCACUGAAGACUAAUGGCAUGCAUCAAUCUUCUCGUAAGACUUUGAGCACUUCACCUUUAGGACGAGAAGAUUCAUUGCAAUCUUGUUUACAGAUAACACCGGCCGCUGCCACCUCCCCUGACGCGUGCCCACUCGCGAGACCACCUACAAGACUUGAAGAUCAUCUGGAGGAGUAUAGCCCCAUCGUCCACAAUAGCUGCACGCUUGACCAAACCCUCCCUGCAACGUCGAAAGCGAUGCCCAAGAACUACCCUCUUUCGGCGAUUUGUUCACCGGAGGAAAUUAAACAAAUUGUAUAUGAAACUCCAUAUGUUAGUUUAGAAACAUGUCCUGACUUGCCCAAUGGUGCAAGUGAUGCAACUUCAUCUUCCUCUUCUACGUCUGCGACAUCUAAGCCGCGCCCCUCAACUAAGACACAGAAGCUGCCCAAUGCUAUUUAUGUUACAAAGAAACCUCCCGUCAAAAAGAGAAAAAUUAAAUAUCAAAGCACGGAAGAAAGUUUACAGACCUCUGAUGAAGGGAAAACUGAAUUUGAUCUGGCUUUAAUGGAAAGCAUGACUCCUCCAUUGAGAAACGGUGUGACUGAAGCUAAGCCCUGUGUUUUGCAAGAGAAAAAAGAAACAAAGAAAAACACAAAAGCCCGAAAAGCAUGUACUGAGAAUUCAAGUAAGAAGACCAGUAGUAUGAAAAAAUCCUGUGCAAAAGCGAGCUCUGCAGUUCAUAAAUUUAAGAAACGGAAUAGUCAAGGAGAAGUGUUGUCUCCGAGAAAGCUUGCCAGGGCAAAGAUCCAGCGUUCCAAACAAAUUACAUCGAAAUGCUUGAUGGAAACUUUUAACAGCGAUGAUGAACUUCCUGAUUUAGAUUCUACUACCGACCCUGAAAAAUUAACUGUCUUUCAUGGAAUCAUUGAUAAGCCGUCUAACACAACACAAGUUGGUAUUCGGAAAAGAGGGAGGCCUAAGAAAACAGGGAUUAGUUCAUCCUCUACUUCUUGUGCGAGUUCUAUUGCGGGGAACUCUAAGGCAUUAAAAAAGUCUCCUGUUAAAGUAAAUUCCAAAUCAAGCAAUCCUACAAAACUUCUUGAUGACAAUGUGCCCGUCACUGCAUUUGAUGAAGCAAUUUCUAAUGAAAUAGGAAAAUCGUCUUCCCACUCCCAGCCUAUUCGUAAUAACUGCAAGGAUUCGCCUGACGAUGAUGCCACUGUUAGAAGAUCCCCUUCACAUAGAACAGGAAAUGUUGUAUUCAGUGAUGGACUGACACUUGAAGCCAGAAAUGAUCCCAAAGUUGUUGACUCAAAAAUUCAAAAUUCAUCCACUACGUCAGGAAGGUCUAAACGUAACCCUUCGGUUCCACCCCGGUUUUACUUAGACCAUGUUACGGAUGAAAAUUCAUGUGAAAAAUCAAAUAAAAACUUGUCCAGCAAGGGUAAAAAAUUGGCUGCCACUGCGAGUUAUUCUAAGAGUAGAAGCAAGCGUAGUAGUAAUCAGAAGUCAGGCCGGAAUGUGAGACCAGGCACGUCAAAAGCUUCUGGUGGAGAACAAUCGUCCUUAAAAGAUUGGCUGAAGGGUAAAAGUCCUUCAGAUCAUUCGUCGCUCGAAUCCAGAGGAAAAUCAAAACCAGUUACAACUCAGUCACUUGCAAACGAUGUCUCAGAAUGUGCUUCUCAAGAAGCACCGCCUGAUCGCCUGGUAGCAUCAGAAUCUGGGGCAGAACCCGAGAACCGCAAUAACGACGACUCUUGGUUCAAUACCGGAUCGCCAGAGAAGGACUUGCACCCCAAUUCUACCAUCUCACUCGAGAACAGCAAUCUCGAUGAUGAAGAGGACCCAAUGGACGUGUUGCUGGGCUGCUUUGAGGCGGAGGCCCCCGUGCCUCCUCACUGCGAGCCGGAAAACCUGCGUACGGUCAUGCACAAGAUUUGGUCCGACUUUAAGGGUAACAAGCUCAUUGAGUGGCUGCCCUCACAGCUGUCGUGGCUCAGGAAUGUGCUUUGCGGCAAGGAACUCAACUUAUGGCAUUCCACAUACUUGCGUGGCGUGAACGCAACUGAGAUGCUCAACACGUACCUGUACUUCGCCCUGCUGUCUCAUGCCCAGAUCACCACCAUCGCCACCUUCCUGGAAGAGAACAUGGAACCUGAGAUCAAUGCCAGGUUCAAGAGGGACCCCAGACCUCCUCACAUGUACACCUGGCGCGUGCAAGUUCCGCUUCUUGUCAUCCGAAAAUGCUGUGAAGUCACCGGUCUCCCCUUCCAUGAAUCUGCCGAGCUCCUCGUUGCCGCUCGUUACAGCCUCAGCAAAGAAUUGCCCCAGUCAUCAUCUUCGAAAUUAUUGUCAUGAAAUUUGUCUACAAUUUGAAAUACUCUCAACAAAAUUGAAAUAUAGUCAGAAACUACCCAUGUCAUCCUCUCGACAAAGUACUAAUAAUGCCCGAGAAGGUUCUGGCCUCAUGCACAUUGAAAGGCGUAUUCUGCGAGGUCAUUGAAUCUGGACAAAUGUUCAACUAAAUUAUUAAUUUAGUUAAUCCUCUCCUAGUCUCCGCAUCUUCACACAUUUUCCUGAUCUUUUUUACGUAUCAAAAUAUUGAAGUCCACAGUCUGUUGCGACUUAUUUGUAGAGUCUGAUGUAUUAUGAAUUUUUUGAAUCGGAAAUAUGUUAGCAUUUUCAUUUGAAAUUUCGCUACGCAAAAGAUCUCAUAAUGAUAGUGUGUAUGAUUUCAAGGUAUUGUUUCUCUGAACUUUGAGGAUUACUACUGUCUACUACUCUAUCAAAUAAAAACUGCUUAAUACUGCCACUUGUAAUACUCAAUUAAGGCAAAAACCAUGAAAACUGUAUUUUAUACUCGUUAUGUGCCAAUUUAUCUUGAAGUUUACUGUAGCAUGUGUGCGCUGCUGUCAUUUCUUUCCUUGCUUGUUUGUCUGUCGUUUGGCUGUGUAUAAGAUUGAAACGCUUUAUAGAUUUUUAGCAUUUCUAAAGCGUUCAUUACGAGAAAGUUGUAAUAAUUACUUCAUUCCUUUAUCACAACACUAAAUUGUGUACCUGAAUCGCUGUACUCAUAUUCAAUGUAUUUUUUUACUUAAUCUACUUUUUAUAAUCACUUCCUUCUAUUUCCGUAAACACAUAAUAUGUUCGUUCGGUGUUCUCUCUUGGGCAUUCUGGAAAGUAAUCUCCUGUGCUUCUUCUUCGUUCAUUGAAAAGGCUCGUAUUCUUAGAAAAGUAAUCCAUCUGCAUUUACUGCUGUGGGUACGCAUUAUUUUACUAUGAUGAAAAAAUUACCUCCCAGUGCCAGUUAAUGGAAUCUGCGCUAAGUUGACGUUUAAAAUUUAGUGAUUGAUCAGUCUUAGUGCCCCUUGAUUUCUUGGCAUUUUGUAAAUGGAAUAUAUUUUUGAUAACUUUAAUUUCGCAUUAGAUAGUUGAGUGGUCUCUCUUUCAUGUGACAGAUCGUAAGACACGCGCAUGGUCCAUCUGACAUCGUAUGUUCACGGCCGUUCCACGUACUUAUUGAUGUUGAUGGAUUAGAUUAUGUUCAAUUGUAGCUUUUUGUUUGUAAUAAUUCAGAAGCGCUUGUUGCUCAUUUUAAUUGAGCUUUAUCACAUGAAGAAUAAUUUGUAUCCCUCAACUCUGUACUUGGAAGACUGGUAGUCAAUAGCUUUGAAUGCAAGGAUCGAAAAUUUUUUAUUUUAAGUUGAUAAAGUAGUUAUUCAUUAGUAUGACAGUGAUUGCUGAGAUAGAUGUGCUUUGCUUGACAAACUGAUCGGUUAUGACGAACAAAUUUUUUCAUUUGGUCGUUUGCUUCAAAUUCGGUAAUAAAUCAACCUGAAAAUGU